CUCACCUGAUCUAUCAGCUGAGUAGUAAGCCUCCUUGGGAUAAUUAUCAAUAUCUCUUCCUAUCAAAAUGAGAUUAGGAGGGCGCCCUUUUUAAAGAGCCAGCCUGUCUUUCAAUAGAAACUAUUGGCAAUUGCCUUAGUCAUUCUCUUAUAUAGUGUAGUCCCCAUAGCAAUGGGCCUCGGUCUAGUGAGGUUUUGCUUUUUUGGGAAUCAUUGCUAGGAAUAAGGAUUGAAUUGCACCUGGUUUGCUCCUGUUUGACUUCAAUUACCAUAUGGAAAUGGAGAUCGUCCAACAUUAUGUUCCAGCACUGCCCCUGAAUUAAUCAACCAAGUAGAAGUUGAAGUUCAGUUGGAAUCCAUAUAGUCUAGUAGUUUUUUACUAUGAAUAGCCCCCUAUUGUUGAUAGAGAGCUUACCGCCCCGCCCUUUAUAGUCGCGACUGUUGUCAUGGAAAAAGAGUUUGUUUUCUGUCAAAGAAGCAUGCUUAACACAGCCUAUAGCAUAAAGGCAUUCGAGCCGCGUCUAAACUAAAUGUUGGGCAAGGGCCCGUACUCUCUCUUCUGUGGAUACGCUAUCCCUUCCGGCUAUGGUAUGGGGAAGGGGAGGUGAGAUCUACUCAUUGAUUUUAUAUUAGAUGAGCGGCCGUACUAUGAUCGUUCGGGAGACAUGGGCCCACGCGCUACACACAAGAAUGAAUUGUUAUGCGGUCGGUAAACUCUUUCCUUUCUGCGGGCAGCCUAUCAAAUCGGAUCACGUAUUUUGGAAUAUGUCGUUACAUCAUGUACAUGUAUUCGCUUUUCCAUUAUUUUGGAUGUUCCUGCUCGUGCCCGGAUAGAGAAUGGGCACGACUCCCCCUCUCCCCGUUCUACCGUCCAAACAGGCCGGCCGUUCUAAGUUCCGGGGUUGGGUCGGAUAGGACCAGAUCCAAUCGGAUCUGAUCGUAGCUUCGAGUUCAGGUGCCGUACUGCGGCCGGACCGGAAAGGAGGGGGACAGCGAACCUCCUGCCAAGAGGCCAAGGUUGCUUGCUAACUCUCAGCCACUUGUUAGAAGGAAGUGCAGCUUGAUUGUCGGGGGGAAUCAACGGGAAGGAAAAAAGAAGGUAGAUUAUUCUAUUCUAUUUCCUCCUUUGGUAAGGAUUGGCUUUUUGUUCAAGGGUAUGUUAAAAACCAUCGUCUUUUCUUUGUUUGUAUCACCGAGACACCCGAAGGGCCGGCCAUAUGUACCUCGGGAGCCCCGGCCCAUUCAAAUCAAAAUAGAACGAGCACCUACGACUAAGGGGAAUGGAAUGUCGACCACAGGGUGAGAGAAUCUUAUAAUACGAGGGCUAGUGACUGGUCAAGUCAUUAAACUUAGUCAUUUUGAUCAACAUGGCUGCAAGUGGACUGGGCUUAUGGGUUUAAACUGACUACGACCAAAGUCGUGGCUACUUCAACCAAAAAAAGGGCGACCCCCUAUUCAAACCAAAAGAAGUACCUCACCUCACUUACGAAGAAGUUGUUGGAGCUGGGCUCCGAACUAUGAGAGUUUGCUUUUUAUCUUUCUCAGAGCGGUCUGAUCAAAUAGGGGAUCAGACCACUCCUGGUGUUUUAACUAGUCAUUAAUGGUCGGCUUAAUUAGUACCCUUUCGGUAUGUGUUGCGAACACUUUCAUUUUUAGCCUCUCAUCUUCUCUAGAGAAGCAAAACUCGAACGGAUAGAACAGAUGGUUCAACUACAUAACUUUUUCUUUUUCAUUACUUCCAUGGUCGUGCCUCGUGGCACGGCAGCACCCGUACUAUUGAAAUGGUUCGUCAGUAGAGAUGUUCCCACAGGUGCCCUUUUUUCCAAUGGUACUAUAAUUCCUAUUCCUAUCCCUUCAUUCCCUCUUUUGGUCUAUCUACAUUCCAGGAAAUUCAUACGCUCCGCGGACGGAGCAAAAAGUGGAGUCUUGGUCAGAGCAAGCCGCCCUAUUCUAUUACCAGACAUAAUUGGGAGAAGCUCAUCCGAAACUAGAGCUAGAAACGCCUUAUUUCGUUUCGUUCCCGUUCUUCAUUUCCUUCUUCUCGAAUCCAAGGGGGACUUCUCAUAUUUAGAAUCUUUCUGCGGUGUGCUCCGUUUACUAUUCUUUCGUACUUUCUUCUUUUUACCACGCGAUAGGUCAGCGAAGCCUGAGCGGGCGCGGAGAAGGAAAGGCCAAACACUUCGGCCUAACGGGAAUGAGCAACGACGAAAUGAGAAGAUGAGGUGCCUCGGGCACCCCCAUUUAGAAAGAAGGGUCGAAGGUUUUGGGCCUGUAGCUUUCCCCGUCCCCCCUUCGUCGGGCGGUGCUUGUGUGGAGGGUGCGCCACCUGAAAUCGGGCUUGAAGCUCUCACCUUACCAACAAGCCGAGAGCUGAUGGCUGUUGGUCACGACUACUAUCAAAAAGCUCCUAUGAAGAUGAAUAUUUCACAUGGAGGAGUGUGCAUCUUUAUGUUGGGUGUUCUUCUGUCGUGCGACCCGGCGGCUUAUGUGCGACCUGUGGCCCACGCCUCCUAUUUGUUCAGGGCGGGCGGCGUGAACUCUGAUUCGAUCCGGGUAUUCAAUCCCGCCGCUGAGAUGCUCAGUUGACUCCUUAACCUUGAUAGGAAGAUG